GCAACAUAUAAUGAUAUUGGGCUGGACGUUCUUCCGAUGGAGCCCGUAGAUUGACACACUUGACGUAAAUUCGUAGCGGGGGAUUUCCCUGAUGCGCAGAAUGAUCACUAAUAAUUAUGCGUCGUUUGACGCAGUUUUAUAUUCACAGCUUUCGCUGCACCUUGCGGCAGCCUUGCUAGGACCACGUGUUCGAAUGUUCACGAGCCAGGCCGAGGAUUCGUGUGUUCAUCCUCUCGUCGACAUUAGCUUGGGCUAGCAACUUGUGGUACGUGGUCUGUUCUUGGAGUUGUGAAAUAAUUCAAUCAUGGGGUUGCGCAACGGUUCCCUUGUCUGCGAUUACUGCUCGAGCAAAUUUUUUUCAUUCGAGCCAUUUCAGAUUGCAUGGGCUGCAAAGGACUCGUCAGAUCCUAAAGCAGGCUUCUCAUAUAUCACUCAAACUUGGCAGGAGAUUGACGACGGAGAAAAUAAAGGAUGUAAUUGGUGUGAUGUUCUUUGGGGAGAGAUUCCUUUUUGGUAUCAGCACCGCAAGAAAGAGGAAUCGCCUAUGCCAGAGGAAACUUUCAAAAUAACUGUACGGUUCGAAAGACGAAAUUCAGAAGAUGAGAUUGUCCUGAAAGUCACGAUUGAAGACGACUGGACGCCCAGGUAUCAAGUGCGGUGCGACCCAGAUGACAAUGCGGCUGCCUUUGUCCCUGGCAGAAAGCUGGUGUGGCAGGUUGGAUCUCCUCGAGCCUUCAAGCUGGCCUCAGACUGCCUCACACAAUGCACUCUUCGUCAUAAUUGUCCCAAACCUCAGGAAACAAGCCUCCCAACCCGUGUAAUAGACUGUUCGGAUCCAGAACGGCCAAAACUUGUUCUCACCAAAGGCAUGCAAGGCUUUUAUGCAGCGCUUAGUUACGUCUGGGGUGAACCCCAACCGCACAGCGUCUGCACCACAAAACUCUCUACGUACCUAGAAUCAAUCGACAUACUCCUCCUUCCGAAAACCAUCAGAGAUGCCAUCUUUUGCACCCACAAUCUCAACCUCCGUUAUCUUUGGGCCGAUACCUUGUGCAUUUUGCAAGAUUCGGACGAAGACAAGCAACGCGAGAUUCCGCAGAUGUGCGAUAUAUACCGAUGUGCAUACGUAACAAUUAUCGCAGCCAGCUCGUGGAAAGUCAGCGAAGGAUUUCUCCAUAACCGCAAAAAACCAGUUGACACGCUACUGCCAUUCUGGUGCCCGGAUGGAAAGCUCGGUACCAUCUCGGUUGAUGAAGAUGAUAGUCCCAUGUCAGCCAAAGAACCAGUGAAUCGCCGAGCUUGGUGUUUCCAAGAGCGCCUCCUCUCCCCUAGGACCUUGGUGUACGCUUCGCACACUCUCCAGUAUCAGUGUCAGACAGCAAUGAGCGAAAUCGGAGACAUCUGGAAUCACCUUCCCUCGAAGGAACAGGGUGAAUUGCGUUUGCCAGAUACGAUGGUCUCGCGCACACCGAGUAGGACGCUUUCGGGCAAUGAUGUAGAGGUGGUGCUGACAGCCUGGCGGAGUGUUCUACGGGACUACACACAACGCGCCGUUUCGGAUCCCUCUGACAGGCUUGUGGCGAUCUCAGGGAUCGCUCAACUUUUCCAGCGUUGGUGGGGGGAUAGCAAUCGUUACAUCGCUGGGUUAUGGGAACGCGAUUUGUCCACCGACCUCAUGUGGUAUAGAGAUAGCCCAUCCUACGGGAGUCUCGUUACAGGGCAAUUUCUUGCACCCUCGUGGUCUUGGGCUGCUACGAUUGGAUGCAUCGCUGCCGGGUGGGACAAAAGAGCCGGAAACAUCAUAUGGGAAGUGCAAUCAUGCAACGCGAUCCCAGUCUCCGACAAUCAUCCUCUUGGUAAGGUGAAAGGCGGGAGAUUAAUUGUUAGAGCGAUCAUGAGAGAUGUGACCUGGGAUCCUGCAGAGCCCGAGCUAUUCGAGCUAAGACGACCUUGUGUUUCGGUAACGAAGACAGGUGAUGAGCCUGAAGACCGCGAUGAAGCUUGCAGCAUCCGAAGCUUCCCAGCUUCAGGAGCAGCUGAUAUCACCGUUGUUACGGGGCUAGGGGCCAAGGACUCAGAUCAAAUCAAAAUCAUCACCCUUCCCGGGCCGAAUGCCAUACCCACUUCUGCUUCUCCGGUGAAACAUGCCAAUAUUCGAAUGUGCAUCGGCAAACUCAGAAAAAAGGCAUUGAAGGCAGUAAAUAUAGGUCGUUCCUUCACAACAAACCUGUUCUUGAAGUUGGUUCCAUGUCUUGUGCGCCGGAAAAACGCGCAUAUGACAGGAACCGCACCCGCAAGACAACCUUCCACCUCCCACCAGAUCACUAGCAAUGACACUAAUGAAAAUGACAUUCAGGUGGAAGCGAUGACACCGCAGGACCAUUCAACCAACACGGACAUGGUUGUGGCAUCGACAGAAGUUGUCGAAAUAGGAUGCGUACAUUCCGGAGGAGAGCCUGAUCACAUGGGUUCAAACAACCAUGCAAAAACGCGUCAAUCCAAUGAAGUUACCGUGCCUUCAAAGGAGCGGGAACGACACAUUGGUUACGGGUAUUUUGACUACGAUACUGGAGAAAUUGGAGCUGACAAGGGAAAAGCUGUCGUGGUUGGUUCAAAUAAAGGGGAGAACCCUAGCCACUUAACGGGCUUGAUUGUCGUUCCUGCAGGAAGCACAGGAGAGUACCGCCGCGUGGGCCUAUUCCAUGUUCAUGGGAAGUCCUACGAAGAUGAAGAUGAAGAAGCCCCUCACUGUGAUAUACAAUCAUGGUUGAAUACACCUAAUACUGAAGUCAUUACGAUAGUUUGAACUAAACAUGUUCGUCACUUAGCAUUAUAUCAAUACUUGGCGUAGUGGUCAGUAUCUAUGCGUUGUGAAUUGAUCAUUUACCUAGUAGU